AUGUAAAUUAAAUAAAAUGUAAUCCAAAGUUUGAUUAACUAAAAUAGUGCAAUAGAAAAUUUAGUAUAAAAGGAAGGUUUGCAAUUGAUAGGUACAAGUCGAUUUAAUUUAGGUGAUUAAUCAUAUGGAUAACUAAAUGAUUCAGAAUAUAAUAAGAAGAAAACGUAAAUCAUUUUAUUGAAAGACUAAUAAUACAUUGAUGCAGAAUAAUUAAAAAGAUUAGAAGAACACAAUGAGGAUUAAUUGAAUUAGCAAUAGAAAUGGAUUAUUUUGUUAUUAUUUAAAAUUAUAAGACCAGAAGAACCGAAAAAGAUUAUAUGGGAUUUGAUUGGAAUGUCAUUCAUAUUUAUUUAAAUGAUAACAAUCCCAUUAAUAUUGACAUUUAGUUUUGAAAUAUCAGGUGGUUUUGCUAUAUUUAAUGAUAUAAUGGACUACUAUUUCUUAAUUGACAUUUUAUUGUAAUUUUAAACUGGUUAUUAUGAAGGGUAUUUAUGAGUAUAUAUAUAAAUUUUUAGAGGUUAUUUUGUAAGUUAGAGAAGGUAGAUUGCAUUAAAUUACUUAAAAUUAUGGUUUUGGUUAGAUUUAAUAUCAUCAUUUCCAUAUGAUGAUAUGCUUUCAUUAUUUAUAGAUGAAUCAAAUUCAUAAUCAUUGAAACGGAAUACAUAAAUAAUAAAGAUUAUGAGAAUUGUUAGAUUCAUUAAGGUUAUUAGAUUAAUGAGAGCUUUAAAAUUAAAGAAAAUAAUAAAUUAAAUAGAAGAUACUUUAUUUUAAGAUAAAACAAUCAUUUCAAUAAUAUCUUUCUUUAAGAUUUGUUUAAUAAUAUUAAGUUUAUCUCAUUGGUUAGCAUGUAUAUGGAAUGCAAUUAGAUUUAUUGAAGAAACAGAUAAUAAUUGGUAUACUUAAUAUGUGAUUAAUUUUGAUUAAGAAAAGGAUAAUGAUCCAGAUUUUUGGUUUAAUUAAUACGUGGCAGGAAUAUAUUUUAGGUAUAUUUGAUGUUAUAGAAGAAAUAAAGCAUAACUACAAUGAUUACUAUUGGAUAUGGGGAUAUAUCACCUAAGAAUACUAUAGAAAGAUCAUUUGGGAUAUUUGUAAUGAUAUUAGCAUCGGGAGUAUUUGGUUAUGUUAUGAAUUCUAUUGUAUUAUUGUUUUAGAAUAUGAAUGAAUCAUUAGAAGAUCUAUUGAAUAAGAAUACAGCUGCAAUUAAGUAAAUAAAUCAAUUUGAAGUAGAUAUAUGAAAUAAAAGGAAGUGAAUAAGAAAUUAUAAUCAAGAAUAAAGAAUUAUUUAGAAUGGUUAAUAGAAGAUGAAUAAUUAUAAAAGAGUUAUGCUCAUGACACACUUGAAAAAUUAUCAUUACCAUUAAAAAAUUAAUUAACUUAAAUUGUACAUGGUAAAAUGAUGAAUUAAAUUAAAUUUUUAAGUAAAAAUUUUUCAUCUUUGUUAUUAAAAAAUUUGGCUUUUACAUUUUAAGAAGAAAGUAUUAUAUAUUAUAUAUUAUAAUUUAGUUUAUAAUCCAGAAGAUUGGAUUAUUAAUUAAAAUGAUCCAAUAAAUGAUUAAACAUCUAUAUAUUUUAUAUUGAAUGGAAGAGUAUCUGUUUGUUUUCCAAAAUCUAAAGGUGUUAUUGAAUUAAUAGAAUUAAGUAAAAAAUAAUAUUUUGGUGAAAUAUCAUUUUUUGGUAAUAUUCCUAGAUGUGCAUCUGUAAAAGCUAGAAAUUUUAUCAAUUUAUUUAGAUUAUCAAGAAAAUCAUUUUUAGAAUAAUGUGAAAUAGAAGAUAUUGAGAAAUUCUUUUAAUUAAAAUUUAAAAUAGAAUUUGAAUAGGAUUAUGAGGAUUUAAAUUUAUUUUGUUAUGUUUGUUAAGCUGCUAAUCAUACAGCUAAGAAUUGUCCAAAUGUACAUUAUGUUAUAAAUAAAUAUGAUAGAAUAACUAUCAUUGAGAAAUAUAAUGAAGAAAUUAAAUUAUUUAUUAAUGAAAGAAGAAGAUAAAGAAAGAAAUGUAAUACUUUAAAAUAUUUAAAUAAUAAAAGAAAUUAAUAAGUAAUUUAACAAAUAACAGAAGAAGCAUAUCAUAUUGAAAAAUAUAUUAAUUUUCAUUAGACUAAACCAAGUGUAUUGACAAUUAAAGAUUCAUUUAGAACUGAUUCAAUUAAAGAAUAUACUAAUUUUACACCUAAUUCUAAUUUAAAUUCUAUUGCAAGAUUAUAAAAUUAUAAUGCUGAAUUAUAUGCAGAAAAUGUUAGAUAAUAAAAAGAACUUAUGAAGAAAAAUAAAUUGAAAAGUAAAUUUGUAUAACUUUUUUAAAAUAAAAAAGAAUAAAGAUAAUCAUUAAGUAAUUAAUCAGGCAAUAAAUUUUCUAAAUUAGUUAUGAAUUUAACUAAAUUAAAAAAAUAAUAAGAUUAAUAAUAAUAAUAAAAUUAAGAAUAAGAAAAUAGUCAAAUAUAAAUAUCUAGAUUAUCAUCUCCUUCUACUAUUAAACCUAAAUUAUUAAGAGCUCCAACUAUGGUAGCAAGAAAAUUGAAUGAAGGAAAAAACACAAGAUUAUAAAGAUUACCAAGAAAAACUUAUUUAGGAUAAAUUUGUGGAUUUGAAAAACGUAAUUAAUAAUUUAUAGAUAUUAUAAUGGAAGAUUCUAUGGAAUGUUCAGCUUAACCUUUAAAAUAAUCUAGUGUUAUUAAAAUUAAAAAAAAGAAAACAAUAAUCUUAUAAAAAUCAACAGAAUCAACAAUUAUUGAAUCAAAUUAAUUUCCUGAUGUUUAUUUUCAUAAAUAACUAAAAAGAAGUUAAUCUUCUGAAUAAUUAUAAUCAAAUUCAGAUUUAGAAAAAUACUCUAAAUUAUUUCUCGAAGAUAUGAUAUAUUUGGUGGUUAAUUAUAAAUUGUAAAAUUGCAAAUGA